AUGGCGUCUCCCCUGCAGCAAGCCAGCUGUCCAUUCGACUCUGAGACUCCGCCGCACACAAAGGGGCCGGAGCUGGGAACCCAAGGCGGGGCCGGGUCAGACCGAAGGAGCGGGCGCCAACGGGACAUCAGGACAGGACAUCGUCUUCCCUCGGCAGGGCCCGAGGAUGCAGCCAGAGCCGGCGAAGGGACCGCGUGCAGGGUCCCGCGGGAGCGAGUGGGUAAGGGCGCGCAGGGCGCAGGGGCCCGCGUGAGGUGUGCCAAGGCGGAGUCCCCGACGCCGAGCUGGGCCCUCACGCCGGAGGGCCUGGAGGCCAUGCGGCCCGCGCAGCGCCACAGCCACCUGCUCUUCGGCGACCUGCUGGAGGACGUGGGCGCGGCCGCUUCCGUCUUCCCGAGUGAGUCAGCAGAGCUGGGGUACCGCAUGCCUGACCCGCGCGCGUGGACGCUGCAGCUCGAGACGCCCGCGCAAAGCCAGGACCAGGUCCUCGGCGUCCUCAAGGCCGCCGAGGCCCGCGGCCGAGUCCGCGCUCUCCGACUGCGCUACGCCCGCCUGCGGGCGGAGGAGAUCUCGCUCCUAAUCCUGCGGCAGAAGUCCGCGCGCGCCGCCCUCAGGCUGGAGCUGUUCCUGCCGCCGCAGCUGAAGCCCACGCGGAUCCCAGACCCCCUAGACCGUCGAGAGCGGAGGCGCGUGGAAACCAUUCUGGAGGAGAAAGUCGAUGACAGCAUCUUCCCGCGUUGAUGGCGACCCCACAGUGCACGACUGUGCCCCACCCUCCUACAUAAAGUUCUCACUUUCAAAGCGCCCCCUGGUGUCUAGGCUUCCUUUCUCUAGGUCCCCUGGGAGGGAAGGGGGAAGGAUGGAUGCAUCCGAUGUCACAGGCAUUGGGGUACUCAGAGUGCAGCUCCUCCAACAAACUGGAAAGCUACAAGCUGGCUGACAUCAGACUCACAGGGGGCAGGGACACCCCGAAUCCCCCAAAUCCCACGCUGCCCCCAUCAGGCAAUCUGGUGCCCUGUGAGUCCGUGGGAGCCCCCAGCCUGGGUGUGAUGGGAGGAAGAGCCUGGCCCAGCAACAGUCACACCCCCAGAGGUAAGGGCGACCUCGGGGAGAAAGUGGUACCCAAGCAGGACCCCAGACUGCAGGU